UUCUCAUUGACAAUAUUCUUCUAUUUCUCGUCUUUUUGCAAGUAGUAUUAUAACACACGACACAGACAAAAGCAAGAAAAGCCCAAAGGCCAAGUACCAACAACUACCUCCGACGAGAGCAAUGUGACUGCGGCGGUGGAAGCCAAGCAGCCGCCGCAGCACCUCCGCCAGCAUCUCCGAAAUUCCUUUGUCACUUUCACAUCUCCAACAACACCAACACUUCCCAUGCUAUUCUCUCUUCCUAUUCAAGUCUCUCCCACUAUUUUCCAUUUCUUAUAACUCUCUCGUGUUGUUUCUCUUCUUCUCCUCCUCCUCCUCCUCUUCCUUGUUUUCGCUGAAGUUUUACAGUUUCUUCCACUCUCAUAAAUGUACGGACACGAUCUGCUAUUCUCUGCUCUGAUCAAUCUCAAUUCUGAACCGUUCGAUCGGCCGUUCCACCUCGGUGGUCUUUUCCUUGGCGAUGACGUUAUAUGUCCUUCCUUUGUUUCCUUAAUCUCGUCCAAGAUCAAAGUUCGUUCUUCUUCGUGUUUUUCGAGGAAUGAGUUAAGCUUCCAGGAUCGACGGCGAGGGAAUAAGGUAAACAAGGGAGGGUUGUUUUUAUCGGUGAGCUUGUCGAUAAAAGGGAGCGAUGAUGAAGAAGAUUACGUUGGGGAAUCGCGAGAGGGUUUGGGGCAAAAUGGACAGGAGAAGAAUUUCGAGGAGGAUAAUGCGGUGGUUUUUUCGGAGGAGAAGAAGAAGGUUGAAGUGCGAACAUCACGAUCAGCUGCUUUGAAUACCACCAAACAUCUCUGGGCUGGCGCUGUUGCUGCUAUGGUUUCAAGAACUUUUAUAGCACCUCUGGAGAGAUUGAAGCUUGAGUAUGUAGUUCGUGGUGAACAGAGGGGUCUUUUUGAGCUCAUGAAGACAAUUGAGGCAGCUGAAGGACUGAAAGGUUUUUGGAAGGGAAACUUUGUUAAUAUUCUUCGCACUGCUCCAUUUAAAUCGAUCAAUUUCUAUGCAUAUGAUACAUAUAGAAACCAACUUCUGAAAUGGUCUGGGAAUGAGGAAACAACAAAUUUUGAGAGGUUCCUUGCUGGCGCUGCAGCUGGAAUUACUGCAUCCUUGCUUUGCUUGCCAAUGGACACUAUAAGGACAAAGAUGGUAGCACCGGGUGGGGAAGCAUUGGGUGGUAUAAUUGGAACUUUCCGCCACAUGAUCCAGACUGAAGGCCUUUUUUCUUUAUAUAAGGGUUUAGUACCCUCAUUAGUGAGCAUGGCACCUUCAGGUGCAGUUUUCUAUGGUGUUUAUGAUAUAUUAAAGUCAGCUUAUCUCCAUUCACCAGAAGGGAAGAAGAGAAUUCAAAAUUUGAAACAAGAAGGCCAGGAACUGAAUGCAUUGGAACAACUGGAAUUGGGUCCCCUUAGAACAUUGCUUUAUGGGGCUAUUGCUGGCUGUUGCUCUGAAGCUGCAACAUAUCCAUUUGAAGUUGUGAGGAGACACCUUCAAAUGCAAGUUCGAGCAACAAAGAUGAAUGCAUUGGCAACUUGUGUCAAAAUAGUUGAACAAGGAGGUUUUCCUGCUCUUUAUGCAGGAUUAAUUCCCAGCUUAUUGCAGGUUUUACCAUCAGCUGCCAUAAGUUACUUCGUAUACGAGUUCAUGAAGAUAGUCCUUAAAGUGGAGUCGACAUAGAGAUAGAUUUAUUCUGGUCAUAUAACACCUUGGAGGGAUUUGUUGCCGAUGUUCAGUGAGUGUGAGGUGCCAUUAAUGAUGUUUAAUUGGUGAUUUGUUGUACUCCUUGAACAAGUCUAAUUUACCUGUACAUUUUCUUACACAACACAACUGAAGGAAAGCAGCCCUCCCUUCCAUAUUCCUUCAGCCUUUCCCUGGCCUUUUUGCAAGGAAAAGUAAGAAAAAUCUUUUUGUUCUAUUCUGAA